CACACACACACACACACACACACACACACAAUGAGAGGGAGGGUUCAGAAGCAAGAAAAUAAAUAGCGAGUCUUCACGCUGGAUCAUGCGAGGUUUAAGCAUGGAGUGCAAAGGCGUAUGCACGCUGCUGCUUGUGCUACUCGUGGUGACCAGCUCACUACAGCAGACACCACCGAAGAAGAAGCCCGUACGGAAAGAAAAGGAUGCUGCCAUUCAGGACCUCCAGAGACAGAUUGAUGAAAUUGUGCAGGACCUCAACCGCCUGAAAGAGGAACAGGCUUUGCAGAGAGUGUGUCUGAAGGGAACAAAGAUCAACGGCAAGUGUGUCCUGGCCGACCCGGUGAGAAAGUCCUAUCACACGGCCAGCGAGGACUGCAACGCCCUGGGCGGCGUCCUCAGCGCUCCCUCAUCCGCUGACGAAAACGACCAGCUGACCGACUACGUCCAACAAAGCGUUGGUCUGGAUGAGCAAGUCUGGCUGGGCAUCAACGACAUGGUGACCGAGGGCACUUGGGCCGACCAGAGCGGCGUCGGAAUCUCAUUCAAGAACUGGGACACGUCCAACAGCCGGUCCCGUCAACCGAAUGGCGGCCAGUCCCAGAACUGUGUCGUCCUGUCUGGGGCCGCCCAGGGGAAGUGGUCUGACGAGAACUGCCGUGACGAGAAGCCGUCUGUGUGCCAGUUCAAUAUUGUGUGAGCAUGUGUACUGUAUGUAGUAUGUAUGUAGUAUACUCCCAAAUAGUACUACCCUAUGCCAAGUAUCAAUUCAACAGUGGCCCACAUACAACUGCCUAUACAGUGGAACCUUGAUUUUUAUUCAUUUGUUCAUGUAAAUCUGCUUAAUGCCAGAGUAUUAUAUUUAUAUUGACAUACAGAAAACAAUGCUAAAUAAUUCACAGAAAUUAAAAUUAAAAUUAAGUUUAGCGGAACAACACAGUACACAGCAAAUUUUUUACAUUUCCUACGACGACCGAGGUUUGACCGUAUAAUAUACUCGUUGCCAUCCAGUCAUUACAAACCUGUAACUAUGCUGCAUUCACUGACAAGUCUCACAUUGAGCCUGAAGGAUAUUCUUCUUUUUAACUGUUCUCUCCGCACUCUACGUCUGCUUUUUCCAGUUUGCUGAUGUCUAAUCUGAUGUAACCUGACAAAUAAACUGUAAAAGCACAUUGUGUAUUAUUUUUAGCUUAAAAGGGAUAGGUGGGCAUCCCUGUUAGAUUCGAACAUGGUGUCUAA